GUUUAUGUCGUCCGAUGCUGCAGAGGACUGAGGAGUCAGAGAUUUGUACUCGUUUAAAUUUUUAGCUUAAAUUGUUAUUUUGAAACAAACAUCUUCAUUAUUUGAGAGCAGUGUUGUCAAAAUGGACACUCUAAAGUUGGUUGGAGCGAGUUUUGUUACUGCUGGAGCCCUUGCGACUGCUGCAGCUUACUACAUGACGCGCCCGGAGCCAGUCCCUUGCAUUAUGGAUCUCAAUGACCAGUCUUCUGAAGUUCCUGGUACAGACAGAGCUCGAAUAUCUAAGCUUUGUAAGGAUGGCAAACUCAUGGCAUAUUUAACAGAAGAUUCAAGAACACUUUACUCAGCUUUCAAGCGUGGUGCCAGGUUAUCAAAAAAUGGUCCGUGUUUAGGGUGGAAGCCCUCGCCCACUGAGCCAUACAGAUGGAUGUCUUAUGACGAAGUUCUUGAAAAGGCAAAAAAUUUGGGAGCUGGAUUGAUCAAGUUGGACCUGAAGCCACUGAACUCCACAAACAUUGGAAUUUAUUCACAAAACAGACCAGAGUACAUCAUAUUUGAGCAAGCUGCCUUCGUCUACUCAAUGGUUGUGGUUCCACUCUAUGAUACGCUAGGCGAAAAAGCCUGCAACUACAUUAUUAAUCAAGCUGAAAUUAAAGUGGUCGUGUGUGACACAAAUAAAAAGGUGUCUAACUUGUUGAAUCGACACUCGGAAACGCCAGACCUGAGGGUAGCCGUGGUGAUGGAAGAGCCAAGUGGUGAAGUGUUGAAUCUGGCCAGGACAUUGGGUGUUUCAAUACUGACAUUCUCAGAUGUCGAGAAACUGGGAAAAGAAAACCCACAUGAAAUAAAUCCUCCCAAUCCAGAUGAUUUGUCUAUUAUAUGUUACACAAGUGGAACCACAGGUCUUCCCAAGGGAGCACUGCUAACCCACCAGGGUGUGAUUUCUAUUGCUUCAGCUUGUACAAGACAGCUGGAACCCGCUGAUGUGAAGAUUCGACCUGGAGAUGUCUUGAUUUCCUAUUUACCAUUGGCACAUUCUUAUGAAACGUUGUUGGAGACCUAUUGUUAUUUGCAUGGAGCUUCUGUGGGUUUUUUCCAAGGAGAUGUUAAAAAGUUGAUGGAUGAUAUCAAGGAAUUGAAACCAACAGUUUUUCCAACUGUGCCCAGACUUCUCAACAGGUUCUACGAUAAGGUGAUGGCCGGUGUGAACUCCAGUAUCAUUAAAAAGUGUCUCUUCAACUUUGCUUUGCAAGAAAAGGAGAAAGAGUUGCAGAGAAAUGUGAUACGGAAAAAUAGCAUAUGGGACCAGCUGAUGUUCAAAAAGGUGCAGGAAGGUCUCGGAGGCAGGUGUAGACUCAUCGUCACAGGAUCCGCCCCAUUGUCGCCGAAAGUUCUUGCAUUUCUCAGAUGUUGCGUCGGCUGUCCUAUUUUGGAAGGUUAUGGACAGACUGAGUGUCAUGCUAUUGCCACGCUGCAGAUUGUUGGGGAUCCAAGCGUAGGAAAUGUCGGACCACCUCUGGUGUCUAAUCACAUUAAGCUGGUAGAUGUCCCCGAGAUGAACUAUUCUGCAGCAGAUAACAAAGGAGAGGUUUGUAUCCAGGGGCCCAGUGUAUUCAAGGGAUACUUGAAGGACCCAGAGAAAACGAGAGAGUCGUUAGACGAGGAAGGUUGGCUUCACACUGGAGACAUUGGCGAGUGGACACCCUUUGGGUGUUUGAAGAUCAUAGACAGAAAAAAGCACAUAUUCAAAUUAGCGCAGGGAGAAUACAUUGCUCCAGAAAAGAUUGAGAAUAUUUAUAUACGGUCAACUCUGGUUGCUCAGAUGUAUGUAUAUGGAGAUAGUCUUCGGGCAUGUUUGAUUGGAAUAGUGGUGCCAGAUCCAGAAGCAUUGCCCAAGUUUGCCCGAGAAAAGCUUCAUUUGAAUUUACCUUUGAAGGAUUUAGUUACAAAUCCAGAAAUCAAAAAUGCUAUCUUGAGAGACCUCUUGGAGGUUGGCAAAAAGUCUGGUUUAACAUCACUUGAACAGGUAAAAGAUGUGUAUAUCUACCCGAAAUUGUUUUCUGUGGAGAAUGGUUUACUGACGCCCACUUUCAAAGCAAAACGCCACGAACUGAAGAAGUACUUUGAACCACAGUUGAAAGAGAUGUACAGUAAAUUGUCCUAAAUACUGUUGGAUGUGUGCUGUCACAUCUACUUGUCUGAACGAGGCGUCCUGUGUUAUCUUGUCUGAAGAACUAGAUUAUUAUGUUGCAAGUAGUGGAGUGGGCGUGUUUGAUUCCUUCAUGUGGCAUGGACUGAUUGCAGUGUAUUGUUCUCUUGUGGCACGAUGGCCUGCUUUUUUCUGAAGGCGAACCGUUAGAUUUUACAUCUUACCAACUACGCUAUAAUUAUCAUGUUUAUUGCUUAUUGCUUUGUUUUUUGGGGCAGUAAAUUAAUUAUAAGCUUAGUUUGAAAAAGACUAGAUGCUAGUUUUAUGUUAUGGAGCAGUUUUUUUCUUCCAUGUGAUUUCAAGAUAUGUUCAUAAUCAAAUGGAUUUUAACAUUUAUUGAAUCAGUAAUUGAGUGCUAUUAUGAACUGUUAAGUUUACACAUAAAUACUGUAAUGUAACAAUUUGUGCAUAAAAUGGUGCAUUUUUCUAUUCUUGUUAAUUAAAUUUAUUAUAUGUUAACAAGAUUAGAACACACAAAUUGCAGUUUAACAAUUUGUUUACAAUCAUUAUGGUGCAAUUAUUUGUUCUUGUUAUAGUUUUUUUCUCAUUGAAAUUUUUUUGAUAUUUUUUGUUAAGAAUUGUUUUUAUUCAGUAUAUUCAAUUAAAAAAACAAAAAAAACAAAUUGCAAUUGUUAAUUUUCAGAAUUAACUUUGCAUAUAACUCCAUAUUAAGUUUUCGUCUUACAACAAAAUAUAGGUCCUAGAUCACUGAAAUUAAUUUAUUAUUUCAUUGUUUACUUCUUUUAACACCAAACCAGUUUAUGGUUGGUAAGCUUUAUUUCCAUGGAAUUCUCGUUUCCAGUGGUGCAAAACUAAUUUCAUCUUCAGAAAUAAUAAAAUGAAUAUAUUCUGUAAUAGUUUAACGAGAUCGAAAAACAAAACAAAAUACUUAUAAUUUCACUUUUUUUCUAAUAGUAACUUUCUGGAUCAAGAAACAUUUUGUAUUGAAUACUUCAGUUGCAUUGACAAAAUAGUAAUGUUAAUUGGGGUUUUUUGUUUUUGUGUUUGUGGUACAUUGUUUGAUGUUAAGAUAAACUGUUUAUUUAUUGUAUAGGAUGUGUGUUGGUUGACUAGAUAAAAAAGUAGUGUUUACUAGUAUUUUUCUAUUUAAAAAAAAGAAGGAAAAACAAAAGUGCUUGAUUAGUUGAUUUAGCGUUAGUAUAUAUCUGCAAUGUACAUUGAAUUCAUUAUUUAUUAAUUUCUGUCCCUACUACCAUGAGUUUUGUUUUUUGCUUCAUAUAUAGCUUGUGAUAAAACCUAUUUUUAUGCGAAUACCAAUUUCAUUUUUAAAAAAAAACAUUUAGAAUACUGGUUAAGAGAAAUUUCGUUAAAUAUUAUCAUAAUCAAAAAACUGUAAAUCCAUAUUUUUUCUUAAUUUUUCUGUUUGUAAAUUGUAGUGCAUCUUUUAACUGUUACUAAAUUAACCCCAAAUCUGUAUAUAGUAAAUGUAUUUUCGUCUCAUUUCUCAAGUGUUGUGUGGUGUGGUUUCAUUAUUUAUAUAUUAUUCAGUAGUGUAACAAUACCAUUGUUUGUAAACAGAAAUCAGCAGGAGAGAACAUUUCUAUGAAUUACUGACUGUGGGGACUUAUUUUGGUAAAAAACCCAUUACAUGCAACCUUUAGUUUUCCAGUGUAACAGAAGAUACAUGGAUUGUUUGAAAUAAGUGGUGGUGUGUAUAUAUAUCUUUUAAGUAAAAUGAUGCUGUAAAACGUGAUGUCAAGUCUUAGGUUUCUGAACAAAUCAUUAUUCUAGAGUUUUAUAUUCAUUCAUAUAUAAAUAAAUAAUUGUAAUUGCUAUUGUAUUACAUGAAAUUUUGGAAACUUAUUUGUAAAUUGCUUUAUUCAGAGUUUUUAAAAUCGACAGAACAACCACAAAUUUGAGUCUGUCAGUCAUAUACCAAUUAAUUUAAAGUAAAGUGAGAGCAUACAGUAACUAAUGUUCAUCACUGUUUUAAACAAGUUUCUGGACAGCUCUAGGGGUCUGUAAUUUCCAUUCGUUGAUCAAAGAUAUGAAGCAAAGAAAAUCACUUCAGGUCUGAGUGGAUAUUGAUAAGACAGACAACAUUGCAGAUUGGGGUGGGAUGUAGCCCAGUGGUAAAAUGCUUGGUUGAUUGAUGCACGGUCAGUCUAGGAUCGAUCCCCAACGGUGGGCCUAUUGGGCUAUUUCUCGUUCCAGCUAGUGCACCACAAUUA